CUCUAACUGUCCUCUUCCUCCUGUCUCUGCGUCUCAUUUCUGUCUGUCACUUUCUGUUUCUGUCUUGUACCUCAGCUGUCUUGUACACUUUCUCUGGUGUUUUCUUUGUUCUUCAAAAGCUUUUUUUUUUCUUCUGUUGGUUUUUGUGGUCAGACUGUGUCACUUUCUACUUGUUGUGUUCCUCCUUUGCUUUUGGUUUCCGCUGACAACACCGCGGGCUAUUUUUUACUUUGUCACAAGUCCAUGUCUUCUUGUUUCUCUGUGCUAUUGCUUUAAUGUUGUAUUGUCCCGUCUUCUGUGCUUUUUCUCUUCAACUCCUGGUAGUUUUAUGUCUCUGCUUUACUACCUCUCUCCACCUGCUACAACCUCCCUCCAUCCUCUUCUACUCAAGCACGUCUCCACUCUGAGAGGCUCUGCACUUCUGCAUAAUGGGAAAGACACAGCUAUAUUCUCUGUAUAAGGGUUUUCUGGACUGUAUUUGCUUCUGCUUGUCUCGGGGCAGCGGUGAGCCCGCAGGCGACACUCAGAGAGACACUGAGAAUGGACACCUGAUCUACAGAAAUGGGGACGUCCUCGAGGACAGAUAUGAGAUACUCGACACCUUAGGUGAGGGGACUUUUGGGAAGGUUGUUCACUGUUUGGACCACAGAAGAAGUGGAAGCCGAACGGCGCUGAAGAUCAUUAAGAAUAUUGAGAAGUACAGAGAAGCAGCCAAACAGGAAAUCAAUGUGCUGAAGAAGAUCAGUGAGAAAGAUCCAAACAAUAAACAUCACUGUGUUCAGAUGCUCGACUGGUUUAACUACUACGGCCAUGUGUGCAUCUCCUUUGAGCUGCUGUCUCUCAGCACCUUUGACUUUCUGAAAGCAAACAACUUCUUGCCUUAUCCCAUUAACCACAUCCGACACAUGGCCUUCCAGAUCUGCCACGCUGUCAGAUUUCUCCAUGACAACAAGCUGACGCACACCGACCUGAAGCCAGAGAACAUCCUCUUCGUCAACUCAGACUACUCUUUCAUAUACAACACUGAGAAGAAGUGCAAUGAGAGGAGACUAAAUGACACAACAGUGCGGCUUGUUGACUUUGGCAGCGCCACCUUUGACCAUGAACACCACUCUACCAUCAUCUCUACACGUCACUACCGAGCCCCAGAGGUCAUACUGGAGCUGGGUUGGAGUCACCCUUGUGAUGUGUGGAGUAUCGGCUGCAUCCUGUUUGAAUAUUACGAAGGGUUCACAAUGUACCAGACUCAUGACAAUAAGGAGCAUCUUGCUAUGAUGGAGAGAAUACAGGGACCAAUUCCUCGGAGGAUGAUUCAAAGGAGCAGAAAGCAGAAAUAUUUCCACUGUGGGCGUCUCAACUGGAACGAGUGCUCCAAGUCCGGACGCUAUGUGAAAGCCAAAUGCAAGCCUUUAAGGAAGUACUUGUUGUCACAAGCGACAGAGCACCACCAGUUUUUUAAUCUCUUGGAGAGGAUGCUGGAGUAUGAGCCCUCAAAACGCAUCUCCCUUUCCUCUGCUCUUCGCCAUCCCUUCUUCCUGCCUCUCCAUCACCCAGGAAAGAAUCAACUCUGGAGGAACAGCAGUGAUAUGAGCAGAUGACCCUGAACAACCCAUUGACCUUUUCCGCACCAUAACACAGUGUUUACUAUGUUUAAGCCCCUAACUACAAAUCAUGUGUAUUUAAAGCCCAUUAAAAGUAAAUAAGCAACAAAAAAGUAAAGCAAGGCAACCCACCCCCCCCCAAAAAAAACAUUCUCAGGACUGAGUUUGUGUGGUUUGAUCACAUUUGAUUGACAGCCAGGACAAAAUAAAAGAACUGACAUCAAAUUUUGAUUCAAAUGUGGUAAAAUCCUGAUUCAAGCCAGGAAGAAGCACACAGACAAAACUGCCCAGAAAGAAAUCUCUCAUGUGAAAAAACAAAAACUGUCAGAAAAUUGUUUGUUCAUGAACGACUCCACCUCAUGUGCAAAUGCAUAUUGUAUUUUUCGAUUUCCCACUUAUUGAUAUAUGAUAGAAUUUCCAUGUAUUUUUAUAUGAUAUGCAAAUCAGUAAAGAGACCCUUAAAACUUAUAAGAAUGAUGUAAUUCAUGAUUCAUCUUAAUGAUGAAUGAUGCAGACGUGACUCAAGCAAGUUUCAAGAAUCCGCUAAUAGAUUUAAUUUAUUAAUAAAUUAAUAGAAACCACAACAUAACAGCAGCAUCAUUUGCAAAAUGGUUUACUUGUAAUGUAAAUAUAUGUGAUUUGUGGUAAAUGGGCUAAAACAUGCAAAACCACCGGUAUUGUCCUUUGAAGCCAGACCCUCACAUACCAGUAGAUCAAGUCUGUUCAAAAAAACUCAAUAAUGCUAAAAAAAUAACAAAAAUACUUUUACACUGUAUCUCUAAAAUUUAGAGGAUCAAUUUUAAUGCAAAAGCUAAAUGAUCCUUUGAAAAGUAUCUUUUUAGUUUAUGCUCUUAGUCACUUUAUAAGGUGAAAUUGAUGUUUUUUUGUAAUGUUUUGUAUGGAGUGACUCUUUUUAGUCGUUUAAUAAAUUCAGUUCUUCUGUU